UACCAAUAUCAGGUGGCCACCGCGCGCGAAGCAAAAACCAUUCCCGCUCAUACGCCGCGCUCGUCUGAUCGUCUCCACUCCCCCUCCCUUCUCCUCUCCUCCCGCCCUAGGGUUCCAUGGACCCGGCGGCCGCCGGCGCCUCCGCCUCCGCCGACGGGGGCGCCUUCCUCGAGUUCGUCGACCACGCCAUCUCCGUCCUCUCCUCCUCCGGCGGCGACGGCGACGGCUACGAGUCCCCAGGGAACGAGCCGGCGCCGGCUCGGCCACCCUGGGGGUGGGUGGUGGCGCAGGUGCUCAAGUCGUGCUGCGCCUACUCCAGCGGCGUCACAGCGGCCAUCCUCCUCUCAGACCUCUUCCAGUCUUGGACAGAACAGCGUAAAUCUCUGACCUCAAAGAGGAAGGUCGAGCUGACCAAACUUCUAAACACGCGGAAUAAGAGGAGGAGGCUUCCUAAUACUGUUACAAUCGAUUCUAUCCAUGAGAAGAAUUUCCUUUCUCCCAAGAGUGUCCUUGAAGCUGUCAUCAUCGAUGUGUUUGUCCUUCCUGGUACAAACAUAUACAUGCUUACCUUGGGAGACAUGUGGAGUGCAUCCACUAUCGACCUAUAUUUACACCGAAGGUACUACGACUACAUAGGACAACAUGGUAUAUUGAAGAAGGGUCGAGAAGUUAUGCUCACAGGAUGUUGUCUUCGUACAGCUAUGGAGGGAUCUGGCCAUGCUCGCAUUUUGCCAACAGAAUACAUGGUGAUAUUACUCGAUGAGGACCAAGAUGAAGAUGCCAUGUUACUUGCUGCACAGUUUUGCACCUAUUCAUUCUCAUCUAUGAUUCUUGAGGAAAAUAGAAUCGAUGUUCCAUACUCAUUUUAUGCCAGGAUUGAGAAGAUUGAGUCCUUGGAACCUUUUAGAUGUACAGAAAGAAAACAGACUAUACUUGUAGACAAUGAUGAUGCAAAAAUGAAAUUUAUUCUAUGGGGAGAACAGGUUUUGCUUGCAAAUCUUUUCAGUGUAGGGAGCAUGCUUGCACUGGAUAGACCUUUUAUUGCAAAUUUUGUAGACAAUAGCCAUGAGGAGUCUCAGGAACUGUGCCUUGAAUAUGGUAGUGCAACACAGGUCUACAUGGUGCCAAUUGCUCAACAAGAGGAACAGGUGCUUCUUACACCUACUCAAGUAAGGAGCCAAGGACCUCGGCUGUCAUGUCUUCCGACUGAUAAUGUGGCUUCACAAGUGACAUUACCACGUGAUUUGCAUGGUUCACUUGACUUCAGUAAAUAUCCAUUUCGAGCAUAUGUAAGUGACCUCCAUGAUAAAAUGAUGGGAGUUAGUCUGGUUGGCACCGUAACAAGUGUUUGUAAAGCAAGCGCAUCAGGGACUACAUUUUAUUUGGAGUUAGAAGACAUAACAGGAGUUGUUCUGAUGAAGGUUAUCUUUAUUGGACCCUGGUCAUUAGGUAGAGUGGGAGUAGGUCAUAUGGUGUACAUCUCUGGUUUGACUUGCACUUCGAGUUCAACAAACAUCCUUGAAGUCUCAUGGUGUGAAAAGGAGCCAGGGUCUCUGUUUGUUAAUUUAAGCUUGCUGCCAGCGCUGCUGAAUUCAACAUGCCUGCAUAAUUUGUCACUCUUGUCAGAUCUUCCCCAUUCGACAAACAGAACACAUAUAUGCCAUGUUCGACUAGACCACAUUGAUUGCGGCAGUUUAAAGGUGUUAUUAUUCCACAGUAUUUGUGGCUGUGUUGUGAAUGAACAGUCAGAUGGACUCCAGUGUUCCUUUUGUAAGUGUGCCUGUCAGAGUGGAUGUGCACAUGGCUUUCAGUUGCACUUGACCAUUGCAGACGACAGUGAAAAGGCCUUUGCUUGGUGCGUUGGCCAAACGGCUGUGGAGUUCCUUCAGAUAUCUCCUGAUGAAUAUCUGGAACUCCCUGAGGAUGAACGGGCAAUGUAUCUCUACACUCUCCAGAAUGACAGUUUCAUGGUCGCUAUCGCAAAUACCAGUAAGCGGGUCGAUGCAUGUGCUGCGAAUGAUGAAGCUCCUGUCUGGGAGAUCACAAGAGCCCAAAAAUGCGAAUGAGUUUCUUUAGUAGUCGAGAAAGAAAAGGUUCAUGCGGCGAAGUUACUGUAUAUUUUUUCAUAGUUUAGUUUCAGGUGCAUCAGCAAUGCUUUGUAAGCUCCUCGAGAAAACAGAUCAUAGUUUAUAAGCUUGGGGUUUGCUCCGGUGUUCUC